AUGGCAAACAUUGAUUGCAAGGAGACAGCUUCUCUCAAGUUCGGGGAAGCUGAAAUCCAAUUCCACUUCUCAAAAUUUAAACACAAGCCCACCUAUGAAGAGUUUGAAGAGCAAGACGAGAAAGAAGGCUUGCCUCUGUCUAGGAGUGCUUGUUCACCACUGGAGUGCCUACGUCAAUGGGUAUAUACUGAUGUGGUGAAAAGUGAGAUCCCAUAUUUCGACCGCAGCGCGGUGCCAGUUACCGCUGCGUCGGAGCAACAUCAGCAGCAGAACAGCAGCAAGGGGUGGGACGGCAGCACCCUGUCCAAGGAGGAGAUGGGCGCCGUGGUGCGGAGCCGGGAGGAGGCCGCCAUGAAGCGCGUGCGCGCGCUGCAGUACGCCUCCCUCCAGAACGAGAAGAUCGGCAUCAGGAGGCAGCCCAUGUCGCGGGACGACAUGGACACGCUGAACCAGCGCUGGAGCUGGCUGGAGGAGUGGGUCGGCUCGCACCAGCCCUUCGACAAGGACGUCCCCGUCGCGCACCAGUCCCCCUGCCGGGACUCCAGCUACGGCGGCAGGCGGCUCGGCCACUCCUCCCGGCGCUCCUUCGUGCGCGCCAGGCGCACGCCGGGGAGGGCGUCGGACGUCGACAACAACGACGGGGCGCUGCACCACCCGUGCUCGCCGGCGUUCCCGGGGUACAUGGCCUCCACGGCGUCCGCCAAGGCCAAGUUCCGCUCCAUGAGCACCCCCAAGGAGCGCUUCGCCGCCGUGCCGUCGGACGCCUACUCCGAGCAGUGCUUCCCGUCCUUCGCCGACCGCCUCAUGUCGCCGAUCCCAUCCAUGUCGCCCAUGCCCUCCAUCGCCAGCGACAUGGGCUUCGCUCGCUCCAGCACCGGCAGGCCGCCCGUGGCGCAGCGGUCGCCCAGGGUCAAGGGCCCCAUGACGCCGUCCAGGAACCGGUCCCGGAGGUCGCCCAGCCGACACAGCUUCGGCUCUGAAGCAGCGCUGCACCAGAUGCAGAUGGAGCAGUACACCCCGAUUCGUUAAACUGAAACUUCUUUGCCAUGUGACCGACGCUGCAUCCCUGGUACCUUAUUUGGCGGGGGGAACAAAAUCAUGCUCCGGGUCUGCUCAUGCUUUUUUUUACUGGAAACCAUGUCAAACUGAGCUGUGCGACAAUGCAACAUGCAUCUGCAAACUUUUCAAAUGAAACAUGAUAUCCGCACAUGCAACAUGGAACAACAAUGCAAUAUGGAUCCGCAAACUUUUCAAAUGAAACAUAUGACAUGCGCAAAUGCAAGA